AUGUCUUAUCAAGAGCAGCAGUGCAAGCAGCCUUUCCAUCCAUGUCCACCCCCAAAGUGCCCUGAGCCCUACCCACCACUUAACUGCCAUGAGCCUUGUCUACCGCCAAAAUGCUCUGAGCCCUGCCCACCUCAACAGUGCCAGCAGAAAUGCCCUCCUGUGAAGCCUCCUCCAUUGUGCCAGCAGGAGUGCCCACCCAAGAGCAACUAA